AUGGCUGACGCCAUCACAUAUGCAGACCUGCGCUUUGUGAAAGCACCCUUGAAGAACAGCGCAUCUAGCCAUCUAGGACAGGACUGUGAGGCCUAUGAGGAUGGGGAACUCACCUACGAGAAUGUGCAAGUGUCUCCAGUCCCAGGGGGGCCACCAGGCUUGGCUUCCCCUACACUAGCGGACAAAGCAGGGGUCCGGUCAGAGCAACCAACUGCGACCUGGAGCUCUGUGAAGUCGUCUGCUCUCGGGCAGAUUCCCCGCUGUCCUACAAUCUGCUUGCAAUACUUCUUGCUUGGCCUCCUCGUGUCCUGUCUGAUGUUAGGGGUAGCUGUCAUCUGCCUGGGAGUUCGCUAUCUGCAGGUGUCUUGGCAGUUCCAGGAGGGGACCAGGAUUUGGGAAGCCACCAAUAGCAGCUUGCAGCAGCAGCUCAGGGAGAAGAUAAGUCAGCUGAGGCAGAAGGAGGUGGAGCUUCGGGAGUCUCAGAGAGAGCUGACCUCCAGCCAGGACAGGUUACAGGAGAAGCAGAAGACUCAGGAGGACACUGAGCAGCUACUGCAAGCCUGCCAGGCUGAGAGAGAGAAGACCAAGGAGAACUUGAGAAACGAGGAGGAGCGGAGGAGGGUCCUGGACCAGAAGUUGACAAGCACGCAGGAGACACUGAGACGCUUCUUCUCUGGUUCAUCAGACACCUGCUGUCCAUGUGGAUGGGUUCAGCAUCAGGACAGGUGCUUUUUCAUCUCACAUACCCUCAGAAGCCUGGAGGAGAGCCAGAACUACUGUGAAUCUCUGUCCUCCAAACUGGCAGCGUUCAGUGACUCUUCUAAGUACACCUAUCAAUACUUCUCUGAUGCCCCUCAGGUUUCUCUGCCCAGCAUCUUAGAGAAGUUGCUAGACGUUUCAAAAUCAUAUUGGAUCCAGCGUGUGAGCCGUACUGCAGAUUAUCCACAAAGUGGGAAGAAGCAGAGCUCAUAUUGUUACGUGAUAGAACAUUACUACCAGACGUGGGGAAAAAUUGUUUACAAGUGUACAGAUCCUCACCCCUGCAUUUGCGAGUUGGAGGCUUUCAGGUUUCCUGAUGGGACCCAUCUGAACUGA